AAAUACGGCUUUUCCUUCUUGAGAAUUAGGGUUUCUGCGCUAGUGUUUCUCAUCGUCAUUUGGCAAUUAGGGUUUGAUAUUCUGCUUGUGUCUACAAAUUAGGGUUAGGGUUUGCGUUGAACUUUGAAGCCAUGGGGCAUUCAAAUGUUUGGAACUCACAUCCCAAGAGCUAUGGCCCUGGAUCUCGAACCUGCCGAGUAUGUGGGAACUCCCAUGGGUUGAUCAGGAAGUAUGGACUCAUGUGCUGCAGGCAGUGCUUCCAGAGCAAUGCCAAUGCAAUUGGCUUUGUCAAGUACCGUUGAAGGAGCAUGAUUCUUGAUGGAGAAGAGUCUGCUGUUCCUUAACCAAAUCGGCUCUUUCUUUUAUUUAUUUUUUCGUGUUCUCUUUGGAAUUCGGUCCUGAUUUUAGUGUCUCAGAAGUUUUUGCCAUGUACUCUUUACUUUGAAUCGAAGAGACCUGUGGUUGUAUUGCUGUUGGUGAAUUAAUUGAGCACCAAAAUUUUAUUUAGUUAUAAGAGUCACUUUAAAUUGUUUUGUUUUUUUUACCUUUGCAAGGGCCUUAUGUUAUGUACUUUGGGGGGGGGAAAAGUAUACAAUGAGACCCUUUACCUUUGAAAUAAGGUUAUUAUCACC